AUGUUCGGAUGUUCUUCAUUAGUAUUGAAAUGGUUUACGUCAUAUCUUAGUGAUCGUUAUCAACGCACUUAUUUCAAAAACACAUUAUCCGAUAUGCGUCCUGUUAAAAUAGGUGUUCCUCAAGGAAGUAUUCUUGGGCCCCUUCUUUUUAUCUUAUUUAUCAAUGAUCUCCCUUCUCAACUUUCACAUUCAGAAUCCACAAUGUUUGCAGAUGACACCACCGUUCUAACAGAAGGUUCUUCCAUUCAUGAUUUAAAUGUGAAACUUAACCUUGUUGCUCAAGAUCUCUCAACAUGGACUCAACAAAACCGAAUGGUGACUAAUACAUUGAAAACCAAGACCAUGCUCAUUCAUUCUCCCCAACAACUUAAGAAUACUUCAGACCGUUCUCUAUCAGUUACUCUUAAUGGCAACAUACUUGCACAGGUGAAGCAAGCAAAAGUGUUGGGUUUAACGCUUGACGAGUUUUUAAUUUGGACCAAGCAUAUUGACAACUUGUGUUCAACAAUCAAUAGUAGACUUGCUUUAUUACGCAGGAUUAAACCCUUUUUAACUAAGGACUGUGCUCUUCGUUUCUAUAACUCCUGUAUUAAUUCAAGUCUUAUCUACUGCUCUGUAACUUGGGGAAACUGCUCAAAAACACUUUUACUUCGCAUUCUUCGACUGCAAAAGCGUGCAGCACGUAUUAUUCUAGACGCUGACUUUUCUACUCCUUCUGUUCUUCUUUUUUCCCAGAUUCGAAUAAUCCCAAUUUUUGAUCUUGUUAAAUUUAGGAAGCUUCUCUUACUAAUUAA